CUGUUUUUCGAUCAGAAGAAACAUUACCAGAGUCACUAGAUGUUUUUGUAAGCUCGUGUAUGAGUGUCCCCUACUUCCUUAUUUACACACCCUGCUACUCACAGCUAAAAUAGUUUCGUUUUCAAUGUUUAAAUAGUCAGAUUCGAAACUUUGUCAUUAAUCUAUCAUCCUUACACCCUCAUCUUGUGAGUUCCUGGUUAUCACUCAAAGAAAGCAAAAGAGCAAUACAAUGGAAGAGUCACGACCAGUAGAUGUUAUACGUCACUAUAUCCAUAACUUCAGUCUUAAUAAUUGUGCUCAUGGGAAUCAGGGCUAUAAUCGAGUUCUUCUGCAACUGUUUGGUUACAUGGGCCAUGGGAAGUCCUCCUUGAUCAACUCUUGUAAGUAUGUAUUAGGAGAUGGACCUUACCAGAUAUACGCCAAGGCUGAAGAGUCCUAUGGUGGAGUCACAACAAGCAGGACAGCUUAUCACCUGACCCCCACCAUCACCAUAGUGGACAACAGAGGAUGCUCCACCAUGAAUAGUUUCCAGACCGGAGAAAUUUACGCUCAGCUCGGAAAUUUCAUCCCUCUGAACAUGAAGGUAAUUUGGCCACAAAGCUACCAGGAAAUGAUAAACCGAGUGGAGGAAUCAGAAAUGGACCCAAAUUUUACAGAUUACCUUGUUCCUGUGUUUGUUUACAGUGUUACAAAAGACCUCGCUGAGCAAGAAAGACAAGAGAUAAAAACCUUUCUCAAGAACUGUCGAACGAUGACAGGUAUUUACCCUCUCAUUAUCCUCACUAACAAAACUAGUGGUGACUUCUAUCAAUUUGAGAAGGCCUUCAAAUUAUUGGGAGCAGAGCAGGUCAUGGCUCUGGAAAAUUACACAGCAGAAGACCAUAUAAGAUCACGAGGCAGACACACAGAGGUGCUGAAGUUCCUCUAUAAUGCUCUAGAAGAUGUCUCCUUUCAAAUGAGAGAACGAAGGAAUCCAAAACGUGAAAGAGUGGAUCGCAAGAAAUUCCUGCUGAAUUACCUGCACGAGAUCUUUAAAUAGAUACCAUUAAAUGUGCAACAAAACUUUAACAAUAUUACUAAAAAAAAUAAGAAAAUAUAAACUUGUCAACAAGUGGAAAAUUCUGCUGGAUAGUUUCAAUUUCAAUUUUUUUUUAUUCUGGAUAAACGAACCAAGAGGGCGCUUAUAUGCUCCUUUCAGUUGACUGCAAAAUAUCCAUAAUAUUAUAUGUAGAUAUGGUAUUUUCCUAUUCCUAUUUCAUUCAGUUUUUGAGCAUUUGAUUACCUUUGGGCAUACGAUUGUGAAUUUUAAGGGUUCACUGGGGGUUGACCCUCCUUAUGUAUUUAUUUAUUUAUUCUAUCUCAUCAACAUCACUGCCUUAGAACCCAAAAUUCCAGGUUCACAUCCUGGUUAGUCCUCAAUGUAAGAUGUCCUCUGAAAGAGAGCGCAGUGCACUGUUUUUGAUGAGAUGGGACUUGACUGCCCUACAUACCUGUAUGGGACAGUCCUAGAAGACCGUUAAUAAUUGGAAGAAAGAUGGAUGCAAUGUUGGGGUGAAAGUAUCAAUUGUUGCCACUUACCUUUCUACUUCCUCUUGAUCCUGGACAGCAUACUGCAAGCCGCUUUUCCUGCCCUCCCAUCCUCUUUCUGGUCUUGCUAGCUUUUCUUAGGUCCUUUUAGUGCUUUCUCUCUUUGUUCUUUCCUGUUGAGUUUUUGUGUUAUAUUUUUCAGUUAUUGUCACAGCUACGGAGUUUGCCCUGAUCAGCACCUGGAAUAACAGUAGAGAAAGCUAGGCCAAUGGGAGUUCCUAGGGGUUCCUGUUACUGAUAAUUUGACAGGAACUGA